AUGUUGAUGACGCGUUUUAACCACCACCACCGAGGAGCGGCAAAAAAAGCGACAGUGACGCUGUUGUUCUCGAGGAAGUUUGUUUUCAAAAGCGGCGACAACGACGACGACGAUGAUGUGUACGAAUCCUUUUCUCUGGACGACCCGCGCAUGCGUAACGUUUUGGAUGAUGAUGCGAGUUCGGGGAAUUUUUUCAUCGGGCACCACGAGAAGAACGGGAGGGGUUUGUACGCGAGUCGGGACGUGACGAAAAACGAAAGCAUAUUUAAGAAGAAGAAGAAGAAGAACGACAACAACAACAAUAAGGCGGGAGGAGGGACAGAGGGGCGGCAAAAACCAAUCACGAGUCAUCCGACGAUUUGGAAUUACGAUUUGGAGUGUUACUUGUGCCUGGGAGAGCUCUCAAAGAAGAAGAAGAAGAACAACAACAAUAACAACGAGGAAGUAUCAUCAGAUGGGAGAUUUUGCAGCGUUGAGUGCGAACGAGACGCGAGAGCGAGCUUUUACGAGACGGAACAAACGAUGGAUUUGAGAAGGAUGGAGAAGUAUUGCGAAGAGAACGAGUUGAAGUUUCCGUUGAUGGCGCUGAGAAUAGCCACAAGAAGCGUCCAAAGGAGCUUUCGGUUGGACGCGAACGCGAACGCGAACGCGAAAGCAUCCGUGCAAUUCAUGGUAACACAAAGCAUGCGCAAAAAAUUGAUAAAAGAAAUGAACAUUUCCGAGGAGGAGGUGAACCAGAUGACGCCAGAGGAAGCGGCGAGAAGGAUUCGAGAAAAUGAAGAAGAAGAAGAAGAAGAGCAGGCACGAACGAACAAAAAAGAAGAGGGUGCGAUGAGUAUAGAUAGAAAAACUAUGAAGAAAUAUGCGAAUGUGGCAGAGCUGUUGGUGCACGCGCACGUAGACGAGCACCAAAUGUUUCCUUCGUGGAAAGAGGAACACGCUUUACUUUUACAAACGUUGGAAUCGUGCGAAAAGAUUCGCGACAGCGAGGAAGAGAAGGCCAAAAUUCGGUCCGUGUUCGAUAUACGGUGGUACGCGGAUUUAACCACGCGGUUUCACUUGAAUUCGUUCAAGGUUGAAUAUCCGGUAAGCGCUUCUUCUUCUUCUUCUCAGGGAGAUUUUCGAGCGAUGAUGGAGCAAACUUUAACGUCGUCCAUUCGCACGGGUGCGUCGAACGGAUCAGCUAUUUACGCGUAUGGCUCCAUGUUCAACCACUCCUGCGCUCCUAACGUUAACGUCACCUGGCCUGAAAGAAACCACCUCGUCGAGUUUGUCGCCAACGAGAAUAUAAAACAAGGCGAACAACUCACCAUCGCGUAUAUCGAUUUGAACGAAGAUUGGUCGUUGAACGUAGCGAAACGAAGAGCGCAGUUGGAAGAAGCAUACGGUUUUGUGUGCGAGUGCCCGAGAUGCGUUUCGGAAACGCAGAAUUAG